AUGCGCCCCUUCUCUCGUCUCGCCGCCUGGGCCUCCCUCCUCGCGCCCGUCCUGGGCGCGGUGACCUGGGACGCGACCCCCUUCAACCCCGCGUCCGUCCCGCUCGCGGUCCGGACCCCGUACCUCUCCGCCUGGCUCGCUCAAGGUUCCGGCACUGCUCUGAACGACAACUGGCCUCAGUUCUGGACCGGCAGCAUUCUCGGCUGGGCAGGCUUCAUCAAGGUGGACGGUACUGCCUACUCCUGGAUGGGUGCUCCCUCCGUCCCGGGCGCGUCCUUCAACAAGGCGACCCAGAAGAGCCUCAAGUUCACGUCCACCCAGAGCAUCUUCGUGAUGUCUGCCGGGCCCGUCGACCUCACCGUCACCUUCCUCAGCCCGGUCGAGCCCGACGACCUUCCCACGCAGUCGAUUCCCUUUUCUUACGUCGCGCUCUCCGCCGCCGCCAACGACGGCGGCUCGCACUCCGUCCAGGUCUACGCCGACAUCAGCGCAGAGUGGGUCACCGGCGACAACAGCCGCACCGCCAACUGGACGAUCACCACCGGCCCCAUCCUCACCCACCAGGUCCAGCUCGCGUCCCAGACCGUGUACACCGAGUCCAACGACCACACCCAAUAUGGGUCCGCAUACCACUCCACCCCGAACACCCAAGGCGCGACCUGGCAGUCUGGUGAGGACACCGUCGUCCGCGCCCAGUUCAUCAACAACGGCAAGCUCGCCAACUCCGCCGACACCCAGUUCCGUGCUGUCUCCGACCGCUGGCCCGUCUUCGCCUUCGCCCAUACCUCGUACAUCACGCCCAACAACGGCCGGCAGGACCGCAGCCUGCUCUUCUGGACCAAUUCUCUUCCGUCGCUAAUGUGGUAUAUCUCGUCGUUCAUCAAGGACUACUCGAACGCGCUCUCUCGCGCCAACGCGUUCGACGCGAAGGUCGCCGCCGAUGCCAACAAGAUCUCCUCUGACUACGCGGACAUCGUCGCGCUCUCCAUCCGUCAGACCCUCGGCGCCUGCGAAAUCACCAUCUCUAAGAACGCCGACGGCUCGUUCAACACUAACGACAUCACCACUUUCAUGAAGGAGAUCUCCAGUGAUGGCAACACGAACACUGUGGACGUUAUCUUCCCCUCGUGGCCCCUGUUCCUGUACACCAACCCGGAGAUCGGCAAGCAGUUGCUCCUUCCUCUCUUCCAGUACCAGGCGAGCGGCCAGUACCCCAACCCAUGGGCGGUCCACGACAUCGGUGCUCACUACCCCAUGGCCAUUGGUCACAACGACGGGCAGGAUGAAGCGAUGCAAGUCGAGGAGUCCGGCAACAUGCUAAUCAUGACCCUCAGCUACAUCCAGAAGACCAACGACACCUCCCUCGUCACCUCCUUCGUCAAAAGCCUCCUCGACCAGUGGACGCAGUUCCUGAUCGAGGACGCGCUCAUCCCCGCCGAGCAGCUCAGCACGGACGACUUCGCGGGCACGCUCGCCAACCAGACCAACCUCGCCAUCAAGGGAUCAUCGGCAUCAAGGCCAUUACAACAACGAGGACUCGUGGGGCCUCGCUACAACCUGUACGCCGACAAGCUCCUCGGCACCAACAUCUUCCCCCAGUCGAUCUACGAGCUCCAGACUGCCUGGUACAGCAGCCACGCCAACGCAUUCGGCGUGCCCCUCGACACCCGCCACACGUACACCAAGUCCGACUGGGAGAUCUGGACGUCGGCGCUCGUGACGUCGACGGAGGUGCGGGACAUGCUCAUCAGCUCCGUGCGCAAGUACGCCGCGGACGGCUCGAGCUCGCAGCCGCUCGGGGACUGGUACGAGACCACGAACGGCGCCGUCGAGGGCUUCCGCGCGCGGCCCGUCGUCGGCGGCCACCUUGCCCAUCUCGCUCUGCAGUGA